GAUGCCCACCAGAAACAAAUUGGCGGCGCGAGCACACCUCCCCAUUCACCCUUCUAAACCGGCGAUCGCAAUGGAAGCGACAGCUCACUGCAGUUGGUAAAUGAUCGUCGUCAAAUCUGCCGGAAGACUGAGCUUCAGACGUGGCGAUCGAGCAAUUUUCUCACACCCGGUAGCUGUUUGUUUUCCUGAUAACCGAGUUUUGCUGCGUUCAGUUUCUUUUCAGAAACACACAACUCUCCCCAACAAAGUAUCAGGUAAAGGUGGUCAUCUUUUAAAUUUAAAACCUGUCGCCCACAGCGAGGGAGUAAAACUUGGGUCGUUUGCUGUAGAAAGGAUGGCCGAUAAUCGCUACUGCAUUGAGUAUGCCAAGACGGGGCGUAGUGGGUGCAAGAAAUGCAAGUCGCAGCUCGAGAAAGGUGUAGCACGAAUGGGCAAGAUCACUCCUAACCCAUUCAGCGACGAUGGAGGGGAGAUGAAAGUGUGGUACCACAUGAGGUGCAUGUUUGAGACCCUGAAGAGAGCGAGGACGGCCAAGAAGAUAGAGACGCCAGCCGACAUUGAGGGGUUUCCGGACAUGAAGGACGAGGAAAGGGACGAGAUCAAGAAACUAAUUGCAGAGUUUGACGUACCAAAACCGGCUCCCAAGACAGCCAAAGGCAAGGGAGGGAAGGCUGCUUCGAAAGCAGCUGGAGGAGCCACUCAAACUCUGCUGGCACCUCCUUCAAAACCCUCAACUUCAGGGGCCUCCCCUAAGAAGAUGAUGUCAUCGAGUGCCGCUGUCUCGUCUGACGACACCACUGACUAUUGUACUACUGCUGGAGCCAGCGAUACCAGUCCUGAUAACCGGUUUAGCGAGUUCCGCAGGGUCUGUGGGAAGCUGGAAGUGGAGCCGAGUUACAAUGCCAAGACAAAGAUUGUGGCUGAUUUCAUCAAAAAUGGCAGCACCGGAGAUGGUUACACAGGGGAUGUGUAUCUGCUGGUGAAGCUCCUACUGCCAACUGCAGGCAAGAAGAGAGUCUACAACUUGCAGAGCAAGCAAAUCGUCAAACUACUCAGUCAGGUGUACCGGUGCAGCGUGGAAGAGAUGGUCGAAGAUCUCGAUAAUGGAGACGUCGCCGAAACAGCCAAGAAGUUCUUUUUGGAGAGCACCCACCUGCCACCUCAGUCCACCAGCACACUCACCUUGGCACAGGUUGAUAGUUUCCUUGAUCAACUGACUCUUGUGACAAAAGAAGAAGAUCAGAAAACAGAGCUUGCAAAAAUCAUCAGAAGAUGUACAGCUGAUGACUUGAAGUACAUCAUUCGUCUGAUAAAACAUGAUCUUCGCAUUAAUGCUGGGCCUAAACACGUUCUCGAUGCACUGGACCCGAACGCCUACGCAGCAUUCCAGGCAUCUCACGAUCUGAAAGACAUGGUGGACCGGAUUCUG